AAUUGUCCCAAGGAGACAGAAUAAACAGUCUCCCAUUUCCCACAGUCCCUAUCUCUCCAGGUUAUCGUCCUGCAGGCAGCAGAUGGCAUUUGUUCUUUGUAGUUAUUUCUGUUUGCAUAGGGGUGGGCAGAAGAGGGCAUCAGUUACAGGCAGUUGUGAGCCACCUCUCUGGGCUCUGAGAACUGAACCCUAGAUCCUCUGAAAGAGCAGCAAGCACUCUUAGCUUCUCAGUCAUCUUUCUGGGCCCCUUGAUCUCUCUCUCUCUCUCUCUCUCUCUCUCUCUCUCUCUCUCUCUCUUGAAACAUAAGAAGGCAAAAGCUUGAGAAGGCCAAAUAAAUCAUUAAUGAAAGGCAAAAGCUUCUGGGAAUCACCAUGGUUAGGAUGAAAAAUGUCUGCCCACAGCGGAUGGUUCCACACUAGCCUGAAGUGCUAUUGGUAGGUGGCAGACCCUGAAGAGCAGGGACCCAGGAGCAGGAAGGUAGGCCCCUGGGGGCAUGCCCCCAAAGGUGAUAGUGGAAGCUGGGCUUAUCUUCUCUUUCUUGUUGCUUCCUGGCUAACAAGAGGCAAAGAGACCUUCUUCACUGCACAUCGUUUCAUGAUUUCUUAUGCCUCCACAGGACUAAAGAGCCCGUUGGCCAUGGUUGGAAAUCUAUGAAACCCUGAGCCAAAUCAACCCUUAUCUCAGGCAUUUGUCAUCACAGUGGAAAGCAUGCCACCAGGAGUAAAGGCAGCUUUUCUAAAUGUUGAUUGUGAAAGACUUUCACAUCUGUCUUAACCUUGAUGUCCUUCAUUUAACUUUAUCCCAGACCAUUCUCUGCAGGUAUCAGGUCUUGUGACCUUCGGCUGAAGAUUGAUUGAUUCCUCACUCAAGAAUCCAAUGCUCACAACACAGGGUCAAUUUGAUUAAUUAACUUAAUCAACUUUUUAUUCUUAAUUAUUCUUCUUCAUGAGAACACGGUGAGAGUUCAUAUACCAUCUGCUGGGCCUAGAAUCUCCCCGAGUUCCUGUCAUAGUCAGCUUGGCUGUCAACUUGGCAUGCUUGGGAAGAGGGCACCUCAGUGGUUAGAGGAACUGAGAAACGGAAGAGGGUUGCCUUCCCAGAGGCCCUCACUUUUCAGCCUUACUGUCUGUAACGGAGUGUCCUUGUUGAGUGGGCGGGGAAGGGGCUCUGUAGAAAGCAGCAGCCUGUGGCUCACUUCCUUGCACUUUCUUAGAUUCUUGAAUACACAUUUUUGACUGCUGUCUACCAGAAAGACAAGUACUACAUUUUCUCUCUCAUCUGUGGUUUCUAACUCCAAAUCUUCAGAUGUAAGGAAAUAAUCUGGAGUAACUGUUGUAACCAGGAAUAAAGGACCAGACUUGGGGGGGCAAAGGUAGUUCUAGAGAGUGGAAUAGCAGGAUACAGGUGAUAUGAAGAGGAAAUGGGAAACCAGAGAGGUGUCUUUAGUUUGGGAGGUAGGAGAUAGGACAAUACAGAAAAAGAGGGAGGAGGGAUAAAUUAUACUAAUGGUGCUUGAAAAAGACAUAGGGAAUCCUAAAAUUAUGUAUAAUCCCAAUUAUAGGUACAUGCAUUAUAUAUUUUAAACGAAGUUACAUCACUUGAACUGACAAUGCUCCCCACAAAGAGCCAUUAAUUAUCUAACAAAAACCCCAGCACCAGGCAUGAGAAACCUCCUUUGGAGUUGUUGAUGAGGGUCGUUCAAGAGACUCCCCAAACAUUAUUGCUAUGGCCCUUGGUUGUCUCCCAGAAGUUGAAGGCACGACCCUGCUGCUGAAGACUCCGUGUACUGUGGACACAGGACUCAGAACUUCAGCUGGAACCGUCAGGAACCCCUCCUCCCUAAGGACUAGCUUUCAUAGUACUGGAAACUGAUACGCAAGCUGCCAAAGGAGGAGAGCGAUCAACAGUCCUCCCCAGCUGCAGUGAGGAAGAGCCACAGCGAUGUCCAGCAUGGGGAAAUAGCCCUUAAACUGCAAGAGCAGCUCUUAUCUCUUUACCACAACCAACUAAUUGGACUUAACGCCCAUUCUACAGGAGGGAAAUCAUGUCUAGUACUGGAAAUUAAGUCAUCUACCCAGGACUAAUGAGAUCAUGGUUCUCAAAGGAGAACCUCCACCCACUACUUACUAGCGUAAUUUCUGACUGUAUUCUGAAUACUUGUGCUUCUAUCCACAGAUGAGCGUGGCUUUCCCCUUCAUCAAAGAGCUUCUGUUCACAGCAGAUAGAGACCAUCACAGAAAACCACAGCGGGUCGAAAUAGGGAGAACAACUGAUCAUGGGGUGCCCAGCAUCUGUGAAUACAUCAACAGCACAGCUCCUGCACCCAAAGUUCGGGGGCCAUCAAGAAAGAGAGGGCAGAAGAUUGUAAGAUCCAAGAACUAGGAAGUCUGCUGUGAGAUUGUAUCUUCUAGUCAUGACAGGGAAACUGUACCCAUGAAAUUUCAACAGCAUGGCUGCCUAAACAAGACCUGAACAAUUCUAACAUCAGUUGAUACCCCAGUGUAUGAUGGGAAACUCAUGGGCCCUACCCCUAGAUAAAGAACUAUGAGUAGUUAACAACUGCUGAGAUAGGGGAAAUCAGUAUUUUCUAGGGGUGAGCCCCAUUGAUUGAUUAUCUAAUACCAAAUGGUCAUCCCCAGAAACAUAUACAUGCAGGUAACACUGAGUGGUCUCAGCAGGUUGUUUUUAUAUAGUUAUUCAUUUAUAUGUAUAUCUAAUAGUAAAGACGAGGAGGGUGUGAAUUAGGGAGGGGGAAUUUGAGAAGGGUAGAAAGGAGGAAAGGGAGGGGAGAAAUUAUGUAAUUAUAUUUUAAUUAAGUAAAAGUAAAUAAUUUUAAAAGAGAGUCAAUGGGGGCAUGCAAAAAUUAACUAUUAAAAAACUAAUUCUAACAAUAUUUUUAUUUUGAAAAAGGACCUUAAAUUUCCAAUCCUCCUACAUCCUGCUGGGUGCUGAGAUUACAGGCCUGCACCACCAUGUGUCAUUUAUAUGUUGCUGAGCUUCACACAUGCUAGGCAACUGUACCAACUGAGCUACAGCCCCACCAUCAAGCUCUGCUGUCUGUUGCUUUUUCUCUUAGAAUGCAGGAAUAUGGUUCAUUUCAUGUGCUGACCUCACGACCCAGCAGCUCUUCUCAGUUCACAUGUUUAACCUAUUAGUAAAUUCUUUGUCAUUGCCUAAGUGUAUGAUUAAUCAUUUCUGUUACUGUCAUAGACAUCUUUCUUCUUCAAAUAUUUCCCCUACAGUAUAUGUCUAUUUUUGAUGCCCAAUUAAAAGUUUGUAUAUUUCUUCAUUGAUGUGUAUUGUUCCUUCAAUUGUUAGACAAGCCAAAUACUCAACUGUGGUUCACUGAAAUAAUUGGGCAUUUCAUUACUAUGUUUCAUUGAAUCUGGAAUGUUGGAAUAUUAUUGACAAAGACUAAAAGUGACUGGAACAAGAAUUAGCUUCCUUCUCUCUACAGCCUCCUGUUUGCAUAUUUCUCAAGAGAUCUCUUUUUACCAUAAGUAUUCUGACUCUCAUUGGAUCUCUUCUAAAUUAUAGCUCAUAAAGAUUGUCGCAAGAGUAUCUGCCAAUUCCUGGAAACAUUCUUGCUUCUCCUGUCUCUGUCCUCUUUCACCUCCAACUGUAAAUCCUGGCUGCCUCCUAUACCACCGUGUUAAUAAGUAGAAAUCUAAUUUCCCUAAGUAUUUCUUCAGUGAUAUAAUUCAUUAAGUGGCUAAAAGAAUUUACCUGUUUAGGUCAAGGGUUUGAUUAGCGCUACUAUCUUAACACGGUGAUUACUCUUGGUUGCCUGGUAGUGUUCUGUGCAAAUGAACCCGAACUGGGUGGAAGGAAAUGUUUUGUAACAUGUGUUAUCAGAAAAAUUCAGAUAACACCAUUUUUAUAAUAGACAUUGGCUCAGAUAUGGUUUAAAAAUUAUUCCUGUGAAGAACUGCAAAAGGUAUAUAUAGACACAUGGAAUGUUAGCUUAGAGACAACAAGAUUACUCUUCUGGAAUUGUGACUGAGGGCUGGGAUUGUCUGUGGCUUGUGUAGGGACUGUGUGGAGUAUACAACCUCUAAUAGAAUAGGUGGAAGAUGUCAUCCCAGAGUCAGCCAAGCCUCCUUCACAAGUACAAGGGCAUCCUCUUCUCUGCCAUGUCUUCAGAAGAACUCCUUGAUUCCUUGGAUUCUUUUGAUGCAAGAGAAGAUGACAUAUUUCUGGUUUCCUACCCAAAAUCUGGAACCCACUGGGUGGCAGAAGUCAUUGAGAACAUUCCCAAUGCUGGAAUCACUCUCACAUCUCCUAUUGAGUGGGGAGAUGUUUCUAAAUUCAAAGAGCUAAAAAUGGUCCCUAAGAGAAGAGUUAUCCCAACGCAUCUAAGCUAUGAAAUGAUUCCUGUGACCGUUAAACAGAAGCAAUGUAAGAUUGUCUACGUUGUCAGAAACCCGAAGGAUACAGCUGUGUCCCUGUUCCACUACUACAAAGACAACCCCAACCUCCCGUCCACUGAAACGUGGGCUGUGUUUUUAGAGCUGUUCCUCAAAGGAGACGUUGUAUAUGGUUCCUGGUUUGAUCAUGUUUUGAGCUGGGAAAAACACAAAAAUGAUAAAAACGUCCUCUUCCUAUUCUAUGAAGAAAUGAAGAAUGAUUUUGCUAAGAGCCUAAAGAAAAUAACUGCUUUCCUUGGCAUCAGUGUGAAUGACAGUGAAAUGAGUCAGAUCGCUCGGAACACAUCGUUCAGUGAAAUGAAAAGCAAUGCAGUUAAAGAAAACAGUGAUCCCAAUCACACCAUCUGUGCCCUCACAUCCAACAGGAACCUGGUGUUCAGAAAAGGAGUGGUGGGUGACUGGAUCAACUACUUCACUCCGAAGCAGAAGCGAGUCUUUGACGAAGUUUUCACAGAGAAGAUGAGACACAGCGAUGUGGGCAGAUGCCUGAAGGAGUAUGAGAAUGUGGAUGGGAAAUAAAGCUGAUCCCCAUCCUCUGCCAUGAGGCGCCCAGAGAACAUGUAAAUAUUCUUUAUGGAUGUGGAAAGCAGGGACUUCUUUCCAUGAGAAACACAUACUUCAAGAACGUGUCAAAAGUGGCCCCCGUGAGAGACUUAAGUUAUCAUUGUGUUUGGUGAGAGUAGAGAAAUAUUAAUAAAAGGAGGCAUAGAAUUCUCCAGCAGCUGAACUCUGGAUCCCCUUCCAGCAUGUUCAGCAAGGCCAGGGGUAGCUCCUGUUCAGAGAGAGGACAUUACUGUGAAUCCUCCGUGAGCUGUGCUGCUGCGGAAUAGAGGUGAAGGAUUAAGUGGCAUACCCGGGAAAAUUCUAUUUUCUGCCUAUUUAGACGAGCAUGGCCUGUAUCCAACGUUUUUGUUUCAACAUUUCCAAGUGUCUGUGAGAAAUACUUUCUAAAAUCACAAUAACAGAGACCAUCUUGUCAAACUUGAAACAUCUAAUGGUAGGAUCCUAUCAUACAUGGGUGAGCAUGAAGAAUGAAGAGAAAAUCCUCCAGCCGAACAUGGCUGGGCAAGCCUGUGGUUUCUUAAUAUCACCUCAAUUAAAUUAUAAACUUUUUCAUUUUCCAAUUUUGAAACUGAACUUCCCUUUGAAACUUUCCAUGCUAUGACUAUAGUAUUUUGAGUAUGCAUGCUUACUUCCAGACUCAUGCCGAAUGAUAAUCCAGUCUCUACAGCUCUCUGUAAAGUGCACUACCCCAUGCCUUUCACUAGAGGGCACUGUAAAGAACUCUCAGUGAAUUGAACAGUGUUCUCCCACAGGUCUCAGCACAGUUUACUUCUGCUGUAGACUCCUACCUAAGGCUUGCUGGGAAAUCAAAACUGUGCUGUGUGUAGCUCUUAAUGCUGAGCUCAAAGCAGGAGGUGGGUUUGCUGAGUCCAACUAAACUUUUUGAUUUUUAUACCCUAGUGUAUUAGGAAUCUAUGUAAAUGUUCAGGGACAAAUCUGUUGGGGUAUUUUGUGUGGCGUCGAUAAUUCAGCAAGUAGUUCAAUUUGCAUAAAUCUUCUGUGUGCAUGCCUUUGUUACAAAUAAAGAGCAUCCCUUUUGA